GGACAGGAAAUCGAGCCCUUUCAGUCUACAUUUGCGCAACCUCGCUCACAACCUCGCUCGCAACCCGCUCCCUCCGCCGUCACAACUCUACUCUGCAUUAAUUCAUUGUUAACACUCACGAAGCUAUGGCGGACCGACCGCGACAAACAAUCCAUCAGGAUUACAUCGCGCGCAUCCGCUAUUCGAACGCGCUCCCUCCUCCGCCAUGUCCUCCGAAGCUCCUCGAUAUCCCCAAUACCGGCCUCUCGAGUGGACUCUACACCUCCGCAAACUUUGCCAAUAGGCUUGUAAGAGAGCAACCGCUGAAUAUCGAAGCCGAUGCGGAGCUGGGCAUGCCGAUAGAUUUGGUCGGAAUUCCCGGCGUCUUUGAUGGCGAUGAAUCCGCGAUACAAGCAAUGGAGAAAGCUCCGCCGCUCCAUCCAGCAGAUCGAGCGCUCAUGCGUCCUCCGAAUGCGUUGGGAAAGGCGUCGUCCGCCGUCGCAUCUGGCAUCAGUUUCUUGCGUCGCACCGAAUACACGACCGCCUUCACCACCGGAGGCUCCAAGUUCGAGUCCAGUACCUCGUCGAAUACCAUGCGCUUGAAGGCCAAGCGUCGGAGAGCAGACUUGUCACAAGACGACCCGCUCAACAUCGCAAAACACAUCCAGAAGGGCUUCGACCUUGCCUAUCCGGCCGACGCACACACUGGCGUGGACACGGAGGACAAACUCCGCGCAGCACAGAUUGCGCCCGAGGAGAAGCAAGCCUGGAGGAACCCGAAACACCCCAGCAAACCUAACCUCACGCUCCUCGACUCGUACCCCUUACUCCCCGACUGGGACGCGGUGCCCGACACGGGGUCGUACAUGAUCUACCGGUUCGCCGCGCCGCCAGUGAAGGACACUGAGAGCGGCUACGACGAACGCCUGGACGUCGCCAUCCUCCGACCCAUGGGCGAAUCCAUCGACGACCACGAAACUUACCUAGCCGAAGUACAACGCCACAAAGAAGAUCCGACGCUGCCCCUCCCCUUACCCAGAUACCACUUCGAAUUCUUCCUGCCGGCCGACAAGGACAAGGACAAGGUCCGGGGCAUCAAGCGCAACUUCAGCACCUUCGACCCGGACAACGAGGACGAGAUCCCGUUCGACCAGGGCGUCGACGACGAGGGCCGGCCCAGGAAAUUCUUCAAGUACGAAAACAUACGCACCUACGAUACGCACAACCAGUCCGGCGACCCCAACGACACGUACGGCAACGUCGUCGCGCUGGCGCUGCACGACCCAGAGACGCACCCGGCGCCGCGGCUCCGCGCCACCAAGCUGCAGAAGGCGGCGUACUUCUACCCCAUCAGCCAGCGCACCGUCAUCAAGCCCAAGCGUCCUGGGAAGUUGGAGCUCUUGGAUGGCGAGUACACACGUGUCGAUGUCAUUGAGGCUGUGGGCAGGGAUCCGGCGCAGGAGGCGGAGAAGCGGACCGAGAUACGGAGGCGGUAUGAUGUUCUUGAGACUUAGCGCGGGAAAGGAGUGGCAAGUGGAUGGUGCGCGAGUUGUGAGGGCAGUGGGGACAGGAUACUUGUUCUUAGCUCAUUGCAUGGUACUCGUGCGAGGCCAAGUGGAGGCGGAGAAGAGCAUGUUUACAUGGACUCCAGGUAUUAUAUUAGCCUUCUGAAAGUGGUACUUCAGAAUAUCACCCUUAUGGAAAGGCGGGAUUCUGGUUCGGAGUCAAGUGGAAGCUCAUUUCAUGAUACCAUUUUGUCUGCAUUGAAAUUCAAGGCUCGUGGAGCAAGUGAGAUUGACUGCUAGGCGCUGGAAGAUUGCCAUGGAGAAAUAGCAGAAUCUAGCAUUGUCUCCAUUGGUUGAUAGAUAUACACAGUAGAUGUGCAGU